GAAAGAAGAAGAUGAAACCGGGAGCUCUCCGCGUGCCAGUCGCGUUCGCCGGCGUCCCGAGUCGUAUAUGCCUGGUGUCCGUCACGACCGGCCUGCAGCACCGAGGCUUCUACACCGAAGUAAACUACUGAAAACCGUAGACACACUUGUUAUAAUGAGGCCAGACAUCUCCAAGGAGCACCCCCUUGGCCCCGACAACAGGCUGCGCUGGCUGACGGCUGCCAGCCUGGCCACGUUCCUGGUCCUCUGCAUCGCCAUCACUGCCUACUUCAUAUACGCUGGCUCGUCGCGACCAACAUCCGCCCCUCGCCGUUACCCGCGGCUGGCAUCUCCGGGUGCACCCGCACCAGCCGAGGAACGGGCAGCCACAGAUGCGCAGCCCGUGGUGCCACCGAAGAAAUGGGUGAUCUACCACGACGCCCCGAUUCGUGUGACGCCCAACGUGCUGUUGUGCGCCACCAGCGGCCGCGGGACCGAGAAGCUGUCCGAGGCCCUGGACGCCUACUGCACGCACGUCAUCUACACCGGACCGCUCGCCAUAAAGCGGACGCCGGGAAGCGGCAACCUCUUCGUGGAUGUCCGAGACAACGAGGGCUACCGCGUGUUCGCCGGCCUGUCCAAGACCCACGAGCGAUACGUGUCGUUCCGCUGGAAGGCCGCCUCGUGGAACGAGGGCGACGUCCUCCAGGCGCUCGUCGCCUACCUGCGCUUCAACCGGCUGCGGGGCAUCGAACUGGUCAUGAGCAGCCACACCGAGAGGAGCAAGCUCGUGCGGUUCUGCGAGAACUUCGUGCAGAAGAUGAGGACCAACGCGAGCCUCAUCUUGCGUGUACAGAAGGCGGUGCAGCUCAACAAGGUCCUUUUCAAAAGGCUGGCCAGUCUGCCCGCGUACUUGAUCCUGGAGACGCAAGCGGUGAACCUGCCCGGCCUGCAGACCAGGCGCUUCCCGAACGCGUACCAGCCUUUCGCUGGUUCGCACAAGAACGACGUCUACAUGAGGUACCGGCUGUGGCAGGUGCACCCAUGGCGUCGUCACCUGCACCUGGACAACGUGUGCUUCACCAUUUCCAUGGCCGUCAUCAAGGCCCGCAAAGGACCCACCAGAAACAGAGUGCUCGAGUACUCCUACACCGGCAUAAAGGAGCCCUGCGAGCAGAGCUCCAUGAAGAAAGGCGUCGACUGGAGGGCGCUGUCACGGUUCCGCGAGAACCGAACCACCUACUAUGCCUACGACAACAAGCAGACCCUCACCAACAAGCUGUGGCGCUUGGCUCACGAGUUCCCGCGCUACUGCGUCGCCGCGUACGACGUCGAGAAGGACGACUUCGAGGGCGUCUGCCCCAAGAAGAGCGCGCCCCUGCUAGGCGUCGUCAAGAAGCUCGUCACGUCCACCCAGCGAGCACGGCUGGACUGACGCGCCGAGCCCGCGCGUGGUGGUCCCGGUCCUUGUCCGCCAAGUGGUCGGGGAGGACCGGGGGCUGAGACCACUCGUUCGGCAAGACGGCUAUAUCGGAUGCCAGCGUUUCGCGUCGCUUUUUUUUUUGUAAAGCAAGAAAGUAUCGGAAACUACGCCUUCGGCUGCGUUUCACUUGAGUGCCAGCUCCAUAGUUUUCGUACACGAAGGAUCGCACGCGGUCGGUCAUAGUCAGUCGUGUUUGUUUUUUUACCAAUUUUUUUUGCUUUCGACGUACCGACUUGGGGGUACCGAUCAAGGUGCAGGCAUCGAAGCAUAUGUGACGGUAACUGUUUUCAAUGUAGUUAAUAAAUGUGCAUUUACGCUGCUA